AUGUCUCAAAAUCCAGCCGAAGUGGACGGCAAUGAGACGAGGGAAGCUUCAGAGAUCAAUGCUGAUUCUGUCUCGCAAUCCGAACAGCCUUCUACACCCCGAUCUCAAUUCACCAAUUUGAGCGAUUCAACGGAUAUAUCAUCAAAGAGCAGUAAAGCACCUGCUACAGGUGUAGAAGCAGUACCAAGAAAGCCGGCUGCAUUACCUGCAAAUGCUUCGCUGGCCGAUCGUAUUGCCGCUCUACAGAAAAGUAGUAGCAUACGUAGAUCAGAUCGGAGUGCAAGUAGUGUGGUACCCGGCACAUCCAAUUCAAACGGAGCUGGUAAUGGAAUUGAUCCGCUAGCCGGACAAUCAAGAAGCGUAUCAUCUGGAGCAAAGAUCGGAUCAGUAGCAGGAGUGAGGGAUCGCAUUGCUAAGUUCCAAACAACCGAAGCCAAACCUUUGAUCCCAAAGAGCAGUUUCGGAUCACCUGCACCAAUGCACGGUGAACGAAAUCAAAACGCACUACGACCGUAUCCCGGUGCAAAUGCAUCUGGCGGUGGCAGUGGAUCGUGGGGCGAAGGUGUUUUGCGACCUCAGGCUACAGGAGGUGCAUGGGGACCGGGAGCAUGGCAAAGUGAUACAUUUGCAGGUGCAGGAGCAAAUGUUCGUCCACAAAUGACGGGAAAUGCAUGGCUUGGCGUAGGUGGAUCUUCCCCUUCGAUGGGUAGAGGCAAAGCUCCUGGACCAAGAUCUAUUUCACCUGGCAGCUCAUUAUCCCGCUCUCCUCUAAAGCAGAGAGAUGCUUUUCUUGAACUUGAUGAAGAAGCUGAAACAGAUCUGCUGAGCGUCAAUGGAUCACCGCAAAAGCCAAAACCUCCAAUGCGUCGUGAUCCCAGCUUUUCAGAGGCACAAUUGGCCGCUGCUCAAGUUGGCUUAGGUAGUAUAUCUCGUGCUGCUAGCUCAGAUGGUACUUCAGAUCCAGUCGGCACGCAUCCCAGAAGAACAGCAAGUUCAGAUGGAUAUUCUGUUAAACCAUCUGGACUACCGCGAUUGCCCGAUCCUCCCAGAUCAGAAAUCAAAGUCGGAAGCUUGAGCCAGGAACAAAAGAAGAUUGGACUGCAGAUCCCUACUAUGCCACCUGCUCCAUCUUCAACUCCGAAAGCACGUUCUCCAUCUGGUGAAGCGAGUACGAAUGAUGUCGAAAUUGGCGUUGCCAAUGUUUCACCGGAGAAACUGGAACUGCUACGCAGAACAGCCAGUGAAUCAUACGCUGAUUCUUUCUUGACAAGUCCUUUGAGUGAUGCAAGCCAUGAAUCAAGGGUGACGAAGGAUGGAGAAGACGCUUCUUCGGUGAAUGGACGUUCUUCAUUGAUGUAUGAUAUUCAAUCGAGAAGACGAGAAAAAGCAGCGACUUUAGCGGCAAGAAGUGCAUAUUCUCCCGAUGAAGCAUCUUCAGAUAUUGGUAGAUUGGUUAUUGAAUCAAAUGGAACGGAUGAUGGAUCGGCAACUGAUAGUCCAGCAAUGAAAACGCAAGAUUUGCCAGCACGGGCUCAAGUACAAAGAACGGAAAGUGAUCGUGUUGAUCCGAGUGAUCCGGAUGCACAUAAAGUCAUGGGCGCGGGAUUGCUUGUACCGCAGGAUGAGGUUGCGACAGCUAAUGAGAAUGGUGGACAACAGAGAAAAGCAACAAUUCCAACAAUUACUACUUCUACUUCCCAAACCUCAAACGGUAUUCGCUCGAACAACGAUGACUUGUACGAGAGUAUACGACCGACAUCAAGUUCAAACGAGUCUUAUUCUGUUCAAAUUUUAGAUCCAACGGGAAUGAAGAAGAGCAAUAGUGAAGGAUUGAAUGAAAAACAAAAUGCAUCAUUUGAAUCUGCCACGCAAGCAAAACAAGCCAUAACAGCAGCACGUAGCAAAAGUCAAAAUAUUAAACGUCCACCUCCUGGUCGUAUGAUGACAGCAGCCGAGAUGGAUGCAAGUGAUGAUGAAUAUGAACCUGGUUGGGUAAGCGUGACUACGGUAAUGUCUUCAAGUAGAAAGAAUUAG